AUACAGACAAACAAGCAUUACGUUUUCACGCGGAAGAAAAUUUCAAGCGAUUAAAGGUUAAAAGCUACAUUCCCAUUGAUACUUUAUGAUGAAAAUACUGAUAAUUACACACGUAAACAACAACAAAUAUAAAUAAAUAAAUAAGAUAUCUGAAUAUCUCAUCAUAUUAUAACAUCUCUCGAAGCAUUUAAGAUUUGCUUGCUGAAAUGGAUUCGGACGACAUUAGCACAAACGAAGAGUUAGCAAGACAAUUAAACGAUGAUUUUCGAGAAGCUGUUUUACCAGUGACCGUUUUUGUGGGAAUUGAGGUCGUAGUUGGGUUCUUUGGAAACUUGCUGGUGAUUUAUGUGUUCUUAUUUCACUAUCAUGUCUGCAACUUUCGGUAUUUCGUGCUUUGUAUGGCGUUUGUGGACUUUACAAGCAGUUUGACGACAAUGCCUGGAGAAAUGUUAACGCAGAUGAACUGGUAUAUAUACCCGUAUAGAUUAAUCUGUAAGAUCAAGUCUUUCUUCAAUGUAUUUACAGUUACUGCAGAAGCCUUGUGCCUUCUUACGAUCGCCUUGGACCGCUACAGAAAAGUGUGUACACCUUUUGGAUGGCAGAUACGACCGAAAAUUGCUAUAUUUUUGUGCGGUGUCAUUUAUGCUGUUUCAUUCAUCAUAGCGUUACCAGUUGCCUUCUUUUGGGGAAUACACAACGCCGAGCAGGAAUAUAAGAAUCGAACAAUUACAAUAACAGUGUGUGAAAAGGACGAGCAAUAUACUGGGACAGACCAUCCGUUAAGAUACUCUUUAGCAGUUGAAGGUAUAAUUUCAGUUUGCCUCGUUUUGAUGUUCGUUCUAUACAUAUUUGUAACAAGAAAACUUGUUUCUGGAAAAGGAAAUGCUGGUGGAAAACCUAAAGUUAUUGUAACUUUGUCUUCAACUCAGACCGGUGCUUCUUCAGAUGUCAACAUGAAGAAUGACAUCGAGCUUAGUUCAAGACAAGAAACUAGUGAUGCCGGGUAUUCGUCAGGAGUUGAAAACAAACCAAAGAAAACUAAGUUUAAUUAUAUCUCGUCAGAUGGAGGUCUAACAACAGACGAAGAGGAAGACUCUUCAAGCCGGAUUGCAACUCUCAGAGUUCCCGGAUUAAAUUUUGCCAAUUCCAAAACUGACAAAGAACGCUCGAAUACUACCAAAUCUCACGCGCUAAGACGGAAGCGAUCUGUUGGUUUGCGCGUGCGCAGAAAGACAAAGAUAAUGGUAAUACUAACAGUUUCAUUCAUCAUAACUACUAUUUUGUACUUGACGCUUCUGUCGUUUAUUGCUGAAAACAUUUUGAAAGACUUGAGUGGUGGAUUGAAAGCAGUUUAUUUCUUCUUUUUUCGGCUGUACUUUAUAAAUCACGUUAUAAAUCCGAUCAUAUAUGGAGUUCUUGAUCCUCAUUUCAAAAAAGUGAUGAUGAAGCUAAAACACAGAAUAUGUGGUUGAAAAGGAAAAUAAAAUCAUUAUAAAACUCGGAAUUUUCGGACAGAAAGACUUAAUUAAUGGGAUUUUAUAUUUCAUGGUAAAAUAUUUAAAAUAUCCGAAACCGUUAAAUUAAUGAAAUAUUAAAAAAGAUAUGUAUGUUUAUGUAUUUGAAUUUUACUAUUUGCAACAAUAAAGAAAAAACAAUGAAAGGGUAUAAAUCGCGUAUUAACUUUACUGUAUUGCGUGCCUUGUUUGUGUGUGUGUGUUUGUGUGUAUGUGUGUUUAUUAAUAUAUAUAUAUAAACGCCACCGGUUGCCAAUAUUGGCGAGUCUUCCAGAAGAGUAUUAGUCAUUUUAGAUUUUGGAGGAUAGUGCAAGAUACAGAUAUUGAAAGAUGCUCCAAUUCCAGAAGCUUCUCCUGGUUCUUUAGCGUGCCAAGUCUUAAAGCGCUCAAACAAGAGACCUCGAUUUGAAGUUUCAUUCAAUUGAAAGACUGAUCAGUAAUCUUAGUUGGAAAACCUGGGUAUCGAACAGUCUCGCGCUCUUACCGAUAACGCUAUGCGGACUGUCUACAUGCCUUCUUACCCGGUGCGCAUUACAAAAGAAUACCGCGUGACCAAAAUAUGGUGACAUUGUUUUAUACUUCGAGGAAGGAAAUCAAACUUUAUUGUUGUACUGUGAAAAAUAAAACCAUGUAGAGAUAACACACAGUCUUCAUUGCUGUCAGCACAGACGCUUUGUAAGAUUAUUUGUUACUAGUCUGUUUUCGUUGAAUUCUACUAAAUAAAUGAAUAAAUGAAUGAAUGAGUGAAUAAAUAAAUAAAUAAAUAAAUAAAUAAUAAAUAAAUAGAUAAAUAAAUAAAUUGAUAGAUUGAUA